GAGAUCAAUGCUUAAUCUAUCUGGUUUUGACUUUAUUGAGAAGGAAGAUUCAGAUGCUGAUGUUGAUCGAGUUGGUGUGAUUGAUUUACAAUCUUCUAUUUUAAGUGAGUUAAGGAGAGACGUUAAAAAAUUAAUUCAAAAGCAAUUACAUUUUGAUGGGUCUUUUGAGGGUUUUACAUCAGAUAUUAAGUGUAGAUUCAAGGAGUUGGAACUCAAUAUGAUUUCCCACAUAGAUUCUAAGAUUGAUGAAAGUUUGCAAUUUUACUUGGAUUUGAAAUUUAAUGACUUGAAAGAAAAGUUUGAUGAUUUAAAAGCUUCUCAGAGUGUCGUGGAUAUCCGUGAUGAUAGUGGUGGUGAUAGUGAUGAUGAAUCUGGUUUGAAAGAUGGUGUUAAUGUUGAUUUGGCAGUGAAGGAUGAUCUAGUUAUGAAAGAGGUUGAUGAUGUAGAUUUGGUUACUGAAAAUGUUAAAGAUUAUUCUAUUGAUCCUGUUUUAAAUCUUGCUGAAAGUGGUGGUGUGUUGGUUAAUGAGGGAGACACUGUUGUAGAGGGUGAAGGUUUACAAAAUGUUGGAGAUGGUGGUUUGGUUAAAGAAGGACACACUGCUUUACUGGGUGAUAAUGAUGAUGUUCCAAGUUUUGAUAUAAUGGGUUUUCUUUCAUCUCAGCCCGAUGCUAAUGCUGAUAAAGAGAAGAGGAAAAAACAAGAUGAAGAUGAUCAUGCUAAGUUUAAAGAUUUAAAUAAGAAAUCAAAAGAUGAUGAAGAUGAUGGUGAUGACCAGGGUAUGGGUGGUGAUGCUGUUUCUUCUAUUGUCAAGGAAGUUAUAAAGGGAAUUAAUGAGGGUGAUGACAAAUCUAAAAAAGGUGGAUCAGUUACCAAGGAUGAUGUUGGUGGUGAAGCAAGAAAAAAUAUGGUUGAUUCAUCUGCAAUUGAUGUUGUUGUGGCUGGUGUCAUUGGGUCUCCUAACUUGUUUGAUAGUCAAGGUACAGAAGAUAGUAUUACUUUGUCAGCCAUGGAGAUCAUUAAUGAAAAAAUUGAAACCAUUGAAGGAAGCCUGAAAAAGGAAAAGAAUUUAGAAGCUAAUUCUUAUGAGUUUGCAAAGAGGGUUCCCAAUAUUGGAUCUGCAUUGAGGAGUCCAUUUACAUCUGAUUUUGGUUCUAUUGGGAGUAGUAGUAAACCAAAGGGAGAACAAUCUAAGUUGCUUGCUUUUUCUUCAGUUGCACUUGACCGUAUUGAUGAUCUUCAGUCUAAACUUUUUGAGCAGUGGUUUAAGGUCGGUUUCAAUGAUAGGAACAAGAUUAAAAAGUUUAAAGAACGGGAUAGGAAAUUGAAAGUCUCGUUGGAUUUUGCAAUUAUGAAGAUUGAUGAUAAGAUGUGGUUUUAUGAUUUGCUGACUCCUGGAAGAAAUUUGUCAUGCUCGCAUUUGGAUGUUUGUUUUUACUACUUGAGAAAGGAGAUAAAGUACAAUGAGAGUGUAAACUCUUUUGUUAAUACCACUGAUUGUUUCUUUGCUGCCCAGAUUUUUGAGAUGUAUAAUGAGUUUGUUAAGAAUGAUUGUGACAUUGAAUCUGUUAAGAAGGACAGCAAAGCUUCUGCAUACGUAGCUGGUUUUGGUAUGUAUUGCAGUAGAAAAUGGAUUGAAUUAGAUAAUGUCUUAAUGCCUAUUAAUCUGAUUGAUUUGGCUCACUGGAUUAUGUGCAUUUUUGACAUACGUUUGAGAUGUCUUAAAGUGUGCAAUUCUAUGAGAUUUGGGAGGUACAAGAACUCAGAAAAAUUGGUUCGUGCUUUUGCUGUCAUGUUGCCUAUUUUGUUGUCACAUGUAAAUUUUUAUGAUCAAAGGAAAGAUAUUGAUAAGAGCACAGGAUUUUUUCAAGGAAAGAGUGAGACAGACCCUUUGGAAAUUGUUAUCGUUCAAGAUUUGCCUCAACAAGAGCAGUGUGACUGUGGUGUUUUUGUUAUAAAGUACGCUGAGUAUUUUAUUCAUGGAUUGAUUGACAAGAUUCCGAAGGAGUUGGACAUUCCUUUUGUUCGAAAGAAGCUGUGUGUUGAGCUCUUUGUUCAUGCUAAGAAGAAGGAAGUGAGUGGUUAUGAAUCACCUUCAGAGUAUCCUGGCAGGAUGGAAAAGGAUGGAAAGAAAAAGAAGUAGUUGUUUAAUGUAGUUGGAAACACUUUUGUUUCUUGUUGUUUUGAUACUUUUGUACGGGUUAUUAUUGAUAGUUUGGGUAGUUAUGAACGUUAAACAUAUUAACCUUCUUUUUGCUUGGUCAUUUUGUCAAACGUAUGUAUGGAUAUUGGAACUAUUUUCAGUACCUUUAAUAUGAUAUUAAUGCAGGUUGCUUUUGGAGUUAA